GGCAGUGCUGUCGGGCGGUGCGGAGCGCGAGCGGACGCGCGACUGCUGCUGUUGCUGUGAACCGCAGGGAUGUGAGACACGCGCUGUGUACGGUACGCGAGAAGAAACAGACAGGACAGGUCUCCUGACAACAUGAAAAGGACGGGACACCUUUUUGACCUGAUUCUGACCGUCUGUGUAAAAGAGGAGGCGAGUAGCAGGUACUAUGUGGCCGCGUUGUGGGUGCGUGCGUACGGCUCUGAGCUCGCGACGAUGUAAAAGGUUGCGCGUACGGAUUCUGCGGCAGCUGUAAUCGGGAAUAACUGGGAUUGGAAAACUCAGCGGGGCAUGGAAAACCACGCUGAUCACUGAGCAAAUAAUCAACCAGACAAUCAUUUGCAGACGUAUUCAUUGUGUGCGCCUCCAGGCGCCCCGUUCUUCGAUCGAUUACCACAGUGGAAGAGACACACAGAGCAUUUGAAUGCGAAUUUACACUCAAGGGGUUCGGUGCAAGAGAUUCCGUAGUUUCUGCCCUGCUCAGUUCAAAGCUGAUGGAAAGACCUUAUAGUCAGUCAUUGGUGGAGCCCAAUUCAUACCUAGCUGUCCCAGACGAGUGUUUCACAUCUCUCAUCUGAAUGCUCUCCGUUCCAGUGAAAUCAAAAAAUGCAAUCAAGAGGAACUGAGGUAUAUAUCUACACUGAAUGAAGUCUGUGUGCUGCUGGUUUAGAAUGUCAUGAUAACAUCAGCCUGACUCCGCUCUGACUGCGGCAGGUGGGAGCCCAAGGGUCAGUCUGUGAGUGAGGACUGAGUCAGGAAUGAAUGAAGAAGCGCUGCUUUUGAUUGACGGACAGCUUGGUGGGAAACAAGGCCUCUGGAGAGCGAGAGUCCGAUAACAGGAGUGAAAGCAUCGCUCCGGCAAUAUCAUCUUUCAGUCUUCACUGCCACUCGUCUUUCACAACAUGGCCUCUGCGGUAGCACCGAUCUCUUCUGUUGCUGCCUCUUUGAGGACAUAGAAAGGCACCACACACACGGACACAUUCCUGCACACUGCCACAGAGGGAAGCUGGGGAAGUGUCUUCAGACUUGAAAGUCCAUGAUAGAUGGACAAACUGUGUUAAACAUCAGUACCGUCACCUUUACAGCUAAGCUACUGUUUCCUGGGACUCGCAGCACAAUGAACGUUUUAGGAAGGUGCUGUCUCUGAUUUUAUAUGUUUCUGUUCAACAUCAAAGGCCAAUGCGUGUGGCUCGAGAGCCCAUCAUGGCCAGAACGCUGCUGAAGAUCCACCGCUAUUUCCGGCGCAAACCGGUACGCUUCUUCACCUUCAUCCUCCUCUACCUCACCGCUGGCAGCCUUGUUUUCCUUCAUUCUGGCUUCUCCAGUGAUACUUCCACCACUGGCACCUCUGGAAGCGGUCGUGACCCACUUAUAUCCGAAGGUGGGGGCGGCACAGGUGGUGGGAGCUCUACCUCUGAUGGUCUGGGGCUCCUAGGGAGGGUGUUUAAGGAGACACGGAGAUCCCCCCGGAGAUUUGGACCACCGUGGAUGAAGGAAAAUGGAGCACAGGAUGCGCCAGAGUGGGCCGGAAGAGGAGUCGAUCAUACCAGUAGUUGGAGCCAUGGAGCCAAAGGAAGAACCACCAAAGAGAUGGAUGACGGGAGAGCAAAGUACAUUGGCUGCUAUGUUGAUGACACACAGAAACGGGCUCUUAGAGGGGUGUCCUUUUUUGACUACAAAAAAAUGACUGUGUUCCGUUGCCAGGACAACUGUGCUGAGAGGGGUUAUCUCUAUGCGGGUCUGGAGUUUGGAGCUGAGUGCUACUGUGGCCAUAAGAUCCAGGCGCCCAACGUGUCAGAGAGUGAAUGUAAUAUGGAGUGUAAAGGGGAGAAGAGUAACCUCUGUGGAGGACCUAAUCGACUGUCCAUAUACAGAUUAGAGCUGAGCCAGGAGUCGGCCCGCCGAUAUGGGAGUGCAAUCUUCAAGGGUUGUUUCAAGAGGCCAGACAACAUGACCCUGGCGCUUCCUGCUAGUGCUGUUAUUCAGAACAUGUCUGUGGACAAGUGUGUUGACAUGUGCACAGAGAAAGAAUUCUCUCUGGCCGCUUUGGCUGGCGAAAAAUGUCACUGUGGGUUUCCCACUCCUCUCUUCAAUCUGCAUGAGCAUGAGGAUGAGGAACUGUGUCUCCAGCGAUGCGUAGGGGAAGACUUUGAGAGCUGUGGAAACAAUGACUUCUUUGUAGUGUACCAGACCCAAGUGCAAGAUAAUCGCUGUAUGGACCGGCGCUUUUUACCCACACGUUCAAAGCACCUAAUGGCACUAGCUAGUUUCCCAGGAGCGGGGAAUACCUGGGCCCGUCACCUUAUUGAGCUGGCCACAGGUUACUACACAGGGAGCUACUACUUUGAUGGCUCACUGUACAACAAAGGAUUCAAAGGGGAGAGAGAUCACUGGCGCAGCGGUAGAACCAUAUGUAUCAAGACCCAUGAGAGUGGUAGGAAGGAGAUUGAUGCCUUUGACGCUAGCAUCCUUAUGAUCCGGAAUCCUUUUAAAGCACUCAUGGCUGAAUUUAACCGAAAGUAUGGUGGCCAUAUUGGAUUUGCCUCUCAAGCUCACUGGAAGGGGAAAGAGUGGCCAGAGUUUGUGAAGAACUACGCUCCAUGGUGGGCAUCCCACACACUAGACUGGCUGAAAUAUGGGAAGAAAGUUCAAGUAGUGCACUUUGAGGAUUUAAAACGGGACCUUUUCUCUCAUUUAAAAGACAUGGUCAUCUUUCUGGGCCUGGAAGUGUCAGAGGACCGCCUGCUGUGUGUGGAAGGACAGAAAGAUGGGAACUUUAAACGCUCUGGGCUCAGAAAGCUGGAAUAUGACCCUUACACGCCUGAAAUGCGUGCCACCAUCGACGGGCUUAUUAAGACUGUGGACACGGCACUCAGAAAGAGAAACAUGUCUGGUGUACCUGAGGAAUACAGGCCCAGAUGAUAAUAAUUUCUUGACCUUUGCUUUUUUUCACACACUUUUUUCCCUAGAAUAUAAAAUUGUUUAUUACAUCCUCCUUGUUUGCUUUCAGUUUGCACAAAAGUACUGCUGAAAAACUGGUUGUCCUAUCACUAAUAAUCUAAAGAUACACUACAUAGUAAGACAUGGGCUUGUGCAACAAUUUGGCUCCAGUUAAUUUGGCUUUAAGUUUAACCACCAUGGAUCAAUCUUCAUUAGGCCAAUUUAAGUGUGUGGUAACCACAAAUUCAGUUUGUCAUCACGGGCAAUGACUGUUCACGCUUUUUUAUGAAAGUGUCUGUUGCCACCAAGACAUCCGGGUCAGCUAUUUAAAUGGACACAUCACAUCUGUGUUUCAUUGAGUUUGCUUUUCCUGCCACUACUAGACUAUGAUCCAUUAAGCACUUCAGUCUAAUUGGGAAUAUAUGGACAACGAUUUCAUGUUUAACACUGGAACCCCAGCUCCCUGUUUCUGAAAAAUAUGUGAACAUUGCCUUCCAAUUAUGAUGCUUCUUAAAACUGAUUAGUAAAAUAGGUAUAUGGACAACACAAAUCCUCAAGCUAAUACCACGUGUAUUAGAUAAAUGCAUGGACAACUCAAAAAACAUGUUGUUUGGUAAAUUGCAGAUAUAGUCCUUCAUCGGGCUGUUGAAUUAGAUAAAAGUAACCAAGUUAGUUUCGAGCACUUCUAUGUUAAGAUCAUUUCUUCAAGUUAAAUGAUUUACUUUUCUAUUUUCACUGAGGUUUUAAGAUAUAUUUGCAGUGGGCAAUCAAAAAACAAUUCAUCUUGUGUUCACAAAGUAAAAGAAAUGGGGGCUUCUUGUAAAUUGCUUAAAAUAACACAUUGACUGACCCUUUAAUCCUUUUUUCCGUCAUAAUUAUAGUGAUCUAUUAAAGGGAUACAGGAUGAAAAUUCUGUUAUUUUUUUUGUUUUGUUUUGUUAUAGACAUGGUGACUAGACACAGCUCCUACUGUAUGUGAGAAGAGUUGUGUAUUGAUUCUUAAAACAUUUGGAACGACAUGAAGAUGACAAAUUUUCAUUCAUUUUUGGAUGGCCUAUCCCUUUAAGCAAAAACCCCUUCUUCACCAAUUUAUGUUUCGGUUUAGACUAUGAGUAUAGUUGUCAGUGCAGUAUUGAAAAACUUCCCUUUUCCAUUGACAUCCCUGAAAAGAUUCAAAAAUCUAAUAAUUCCUCCCAAAUUAUGUCAGGUUUUGGAUGCAAUUAUAAUCUUGUUCCCUGUAGAAAUGUUCAGAAUUGUUCUUUUUGUUUUCAGUGUUUUAAUUGCAGAAGUCUUUUUUAUUCAAAACAGAAAAUCAACAUUAUAAUCUAUAAAAUAAUCUAGAAUUAAGGGGUGAAAGCAAGUAUGAAGCAAUGUGCUAAAAAGAGACAAAAGAGCACCUCACGGGUAAAUUUCUGCUUUUCAGCUAGAGACCUAACAAAUACAAUUCAAUAUAUGUAAAUAAAUACGCAUAUAUAUUUUUGUAAUGCUCACAUGGAGAAUUACUUUCAAAGACAGAAAAGUAUCACCUCUAUUUUUGAAAAGGCUUUUAAAUUUGAGCAUUACAUGCUUUUCAUUUCAAAAAGGAACAAACCUGAAGUGUCUUUCUGAAUGUAUUUUGUAUGGAAUGAAUGUAAGGAAUUUCUACCAAAUAGGAAAAUCGGAGUGAUUGCCAGCAGUGUAAAGGAAAUUAACUAUUUCUAUUAUAAUUGUGAGCUGAGAGAACUGUGUGAAUGAGGAAACCUUUUGCUCUUGUUUGGUGCUUGAUGCAUAGGAUGUCCUGGUCAAUAAAUUGUAAAGCCCCAAACAUUCUUUUAUGUAUUUAGUUAGUUUUAUAUUUAUUUAUUUAAGGCUUAUCAGGAUUUGAAUGUAUGGUUUUAAGUAUAUAUCAUUUUCUGUGUGCAUUUAGUGAAAAUUCUGAUGAAGCUGUUUUCAUGGAAAAUGAGUUAAGUUUUGGUUUGUCCAACCAAUGGCAGAUGGCUGAAGUGUCUGGAAAACAAACCUCAAAACAUUAUUUCUGCAAUUCUGUUGUUUACUAAUGCUUCAAAAAAAAUGUGCGCUUCACCUUUAAAUCUCUCUUUACAGCUCUGUUUAUUUUAAAUGCUGGUUGUUAUGCAACUUCCUGGAGUAAGUAGGUUUUCUCACUCUUUCAGGAAAUUGCCAAAAAAGUUUACAGGCUGCAAUGUCUUUCUAAGGACAAACUUACUUUCUGAAAAAUUGCAUCUCAUCUUAGAUAUUCAAAAACAAUAUAUUCAACAGUUUCAGGGCAGCCAAGGUACCACAAUGUCUCACGUUUUCUACUCUUUUCACAGGGGAAGUGUGAUAUGAACCGCACUUGAUUGGCCAAUGCUCAAAGCUCAUUUAGUGGUAAACGAAGUGUCUGUGAUGAAGUUACUGUAGUCAUAACAACUGAGAUCUGACUACACUGCAUAGCCAGUCCGUUUUACUCAGCACUUGUAUGAACCACUGCUAUACUAAAUGAUCAGAAGUACAGUGCUGCAGACAGCAAUUAAAUGACUGAAUGGUCUUAACAAAACUUCUAACUCAAAAGUGAAUUUGUUAAUCUUUUUGACUGGUUAUUUUGACUAAUGAUGAUGAUUGAACAGAAUAUGGACACCAUAACAGCUUGAUUUUUAAUUAUUGUCAUAGAUUUGUAUAUUUUGUUAUGUUAUGGCCAUCUGAGUUGCUGUCUGCAUCCCUGACUAAUUUAGUAAUGAAAACUGCAAAUAAAAAAAAAUUAUAAACAAUAAUAAAGGUAAAUGCAACAACAUGUUAAAGAGAUUCCAUGAAAAACAUCUUACCAGAUAAAUGCAAAUACAUGUUUGUAAAGCUUAUACGCAGGUAGUAAAAAACAGGAAGUAUCUCAUCAUGCUUGCCAUAUAAAAAUGGAAUAAAGCUGAAGCGUCUUUCUGAAUA